AUGAUAUUACUACGAUAUUCUUCAAUUACUUAUUUACUAUCAAAUUUAUGUAUAUUAGUUAAUAAUGAUAAUACAUUCUUACCCGAUCGAUAUUCAAAAGUAAUUUCUAAAACAAAUGAGCAGAAUGAGUGUAUGAAUUAUGUACAACUGAUAAAUACUGAAAGCACACAAUAUUCAAAUCAAUAUUAUUCUAAAACGAUUAACACUCAAUUCAGAUAUCCAUCGUUUCGUUCAAUUACUUGUAUCCUACUUAUUCUAAUGUCAAAUUUGACUCAAAAUUCAUAUGCUUUACCAAUUUUUAUCUCACAACAGCAGCAACAAAACAAUUUCAAUCCGUCACAAAAUGUAUUUAUUCAACAGGAAAAUUCUCAUGUUCGAUCGAAUAAUUAUCCCUAUUUAAGUAAUCAAUAUCUCCCUCAAAACAGUCAACAAACGCAUUUAAACACUUAUAAAGUAUACAAACAUCAACCAGUUUUAAACCAAAUACCACAAUAUCCAAAUGUCAUCCAACCACAACAACAACAGCAGCGUCUUCGUGUGCCAUCGUAUUCAAAUGGUGGUUUAACUCAAAUACUCGAUCAAACAGCUUAUAGUCAGAAUAAUGUCAAUAAUAAUAUUGGUAAUUCGAGUAUUAUUCAACAAAAUAUACAACAAGUCACUAAUAAUAUUCGUCGUGAAAGACAACGACGAGCAAUGAUAGAUAAAAUGCUUAUUUUAUUUGAUGACGAUGGUAAUGGUCAAUUAGAUGCAAAUGAAUUUUUUUCAAUGUCCUUACGUACAAAUAUGUUUCCAAAAUUUCAUAAUUAUUUAAAAGGCGCUCUGACAGUGUUCCCAGUAUUACGACCCAAACGUAUACGCGAUGUUCAAGAUAAAUUUGUGAAUAGCCAACCUCUCGAGAAGGAAGGACGUGCUCUAGUUGGUGAAGGUGUUUUGAUGAAGAUAUGCCGUAAAAAACCAAAACAACGAGCAUUUUUCCUUUUCAAUGAUAUUCUUGUUUAUGGACAUGUAGUUAUUAAUGGACGCAAAUAUUCUCAACAAAAAAUAAUUCCACUCGGUGAAAUUCAAGUGGGACCUCCACUAGAUACAGCAGGAGGAAAUACAUCUAACAGUAGUCCUUUAGCACCCCAUUGGGUUCCAGAUGAAAAAGCGAAUAUGUGUAUGUGUUGUCAAACAAUCAAAUUCACUACCUAUGAAAGACGACAUCAUUGUCGACAAUGCGGGAAAGUUGUGUGUGACAAUUGCUCAAAAAAACGUUUCUUAUUGCCAUGUGUUGAUUCUAGACCAGUGCGAGUGUGUGAUUUAUGUUUUGGAAAAUUAAAAAGUGAGAUCGGUGAUUCUCGACCUCGACCUCCAGAUAGCAGUGAUAGUGAGGGAGAAGAUAUAAAUCAACAGUUUGGUGUAGUUCAGGAUUCUACAUUUUAUCAAAAUCUUAGUAGUAUAUGA